AAGUGUUUACAAUAUUAGUAUAAGACAACAUUGUUCUAUUUUAGGAGUCUGCUAAAUCCUCCGACAAAUCGUGAAAAACAUAUUAAACAAGUUUAAAAAGACGGUUUAAAAAAAAAUUUAAAUGAGAGAAAUUAUAAUCAGGUACUGACUUGGUUAUAAAAUGGUAAAUGACAAAGAAUUUUAUAAGAAAUGAAUGACAACUCGUCUCUAAAAAAAGUUGUUGCACAAUAUAACUUUGCUCCUUCUCACAAUGAUGAGCUUCAAUUCACGAAAGGAGACGUGAUUGUUGUUACGCAACAAAUAGAUGGUGGUUGGUGGGAAGGUACCUUAGGUAGUAAGGCUGGAUGGUUUCCCUCUAAUUAUGUUGUGCCUAUAUGUGAAGACAAAGUUGAGGCUCCUGAACUUAAUGAGUCAGUCAGUGGAUUUUAUAGAGAUAUGGUCCUGCAGAGUAUAAUAGCUACAGAGAAAGCGUACUUGAACGAUCUGUCAUCUUUUUUGCAAAAUUAUCUUAAACCGUCUCGAAUUAUUAUUGCUGAUUCUGUGUUUGCUAUUAUUGACUGUACAAUGGAUGAAAUAUUAACUUUUCAUAAAUCUCUACUUAAUAAUCUUUUGAGGGUAUCAAGAUUAUCUGAAGCUAGUCAGCGAAUUGGUAAAACUUUCCUCGAAGCAUCCAAUGAAAUAACAAAACUUUAUAAGACUUACGGAAAAUUUCAUCCUAUGGCAGUAGAGAUAAUAAAGAAGCAAAGGGAGAAACUAGAAAAGUUUUUCCAAGAUAAAGAAAAAUCCAUAAACAGUUCAAAUUUUUCAUACAUGGCAUCAAACAUAUUUAGACCCUUCGUUAGAUUGGAACAAUAUCCAAACUUACUGAAAGAGUUGGAGAGGCAUACACCUAUCAGUCACGCCGAUCUUGGCGAUACGCAAAGAUCAAUUGAAGUAUAUAGGGAAAUUUUUACUGUUUGCUCAGAUAUACGCAGGGAAAAAGAGACAGAAGUAAACAUUUUACACAGCGAAAUUCUUGGUUGGGACGGAGAGCCUAUAUCCUCAUUCGGGGACAUAGUACUGUUGGAUAACGUAAACAUAACAUGCGAAAAAGAAAUUCAAGAUAGAAUAUUAGUACUCUUUCCUCGCGUCUUGUUGGUUCUAUCAGUUAGCGAUCGAUUGUCAGGAUACGUUUUUGAGAAAAAAUAUCCUGUAAACUGGUUAAGAGUAGAACAAUUUUAUGGAGAUAAAUUAUCACUUGUACUUAAUAAUCAAAAAAUUACAUAUAAGUCGGAAAUACAAUGUAAUAAAUGGUUCGAUGCAAUCGUCAAUCAAAGGAAUUUAACUCAAUGCAUAUCUAAUGGGCAAAAUAUUACUGAAUUAAAAAUAACAACUCUACCGAAUUCUUUCCUAAAUGCUCAACAUUCAGAAAUUUGUGAAAGUCAACAAACUGCCAAGGGCAUAGUCGCAAAACAAAUAUAUUCAGCUUGGUCUAGCGGCUGUCUUAAACCAAAUCCACCGAAUCUAAAUAAUCAUCAUACAGUCGAUUUUAUUAAAAGUCCUAAAUCUGCUAGAAAAGAGCCUACUAAAUUUUUGGCUGGAUCAGCAAAAGAUGCCCAAGAUGCUCUUGUUUUAAAUGUUAUAGAAGCAUAUUAUAAAGCGUCUAAAAGAAAUUCAACAACGAAGUCACGUAAGUAUAGUACUAUUUGUGUUUUUUUAACAAAAGGAAAACAGACAAAUAAGCAAAUUCAAGCAAAGAAAAAUAUCUUUUAAUGUUGUAAUUGUGUCAAAAAAUAGAAAAAGCUCUCUGCAUGGCGCACACAUCGAAUAUAAAACGCUUCUUUUUGCAUGUAUUAAUCACCGCUAAACAACUCUAGUUUUUUUUAUUACUUUUUUCUUUUAAAAAAAAAAAACCAUAUUUUUGAAGCUGUUGUGAAUCGUAUAAAAUUUUAUGGAGAAUUUAGGUAAAUUUUACUUAUUUAUAUAUCUAUCUAUGUAUCUAUCUAUCUAUUCAAUCCUUUUUAUGCUUUUAUAAUUAAUUAUUAUUAUUAUCAAUUUUUCUGUUUAUCUUAUAAUUUAUUAUACUAAAACUGUAGAAUUAUAUGUAGUAUGUUGUAAUUACAGUGUAUGCAUACUAUAUAUAUUUUGCCUUUAUCUUAUUAUUAAAAAAAGAACCAAACAUAAUUUUUCAUUUUUAAAUUAGGUUCAUUUUUUUAUAUUAAAUCAUAUUUUCAGUUGAUCUGAAAAAACAUCGUAAGCAAAAUGAACAUCUGGAAGAUGAUGAUGAGGAUCUGGUUGGUUGCUUUCCAGUAUCGAAAAAUUUAAAUAGAAGCAUGAAGAAAUAAAUUUUAAAAAAUGGGAUUAUAUACAUCUAUUUGAUAGUUAAAUCUUUUUUUAUUAUACAUUUAUAUAAUCUAUAUAUGUGAAGCAUAGUAGAUAAACGAAGAAAAAAAACAAAAAAAGAACAUCUUUUUAAAGAAACACUGUGAAUUUUAAUGCAUAAUAACGAUUUUUAUAAUAAAAAUCUUUUAUACGGCUAUUAGCUACAUUCGGUUAGAAAAUUUGCCCUAAUUUUCUAUUUAUGUAUGUUAAGAAAGACAAACACGAUUUCUUUGUGAUUUUUUUAUAAAUUUAUGCAUGUAUGAUAGAAAAUAGAUUCUGACCUCCUUUAUCUCUUUUGUGUACAUGUGUUCACUGAACAUAUAUAAACUCGACUUUGUUUUAUUUGAAAUUAACUUUAGUAGUUUAUACAAGCUAAGUUACAGAAUUAAGGUUUAAGUAGAACAAAAGGGGUUUUGCGCUCGUGGAUAUUUUUUACCAUAGUAAAUAAACUAUUAUAGAGAGUAUAUAAUGUAUAUAUAUUAAUAAGUGUGCAUAUAUGAUGUAUAUAUUUAAGAAUAUCAAUAAAACUAUAAAAAUCUAUUGAGAUACGAAAAUUUAUUGAGGUUAACACAAAAACUUUACCCUAAAAGGUUAAUUAAUAAAAGAUUUGUAAUAAAAUGUUAUUUAUUUAUAUGCAGGAUAUAAGUCUUCAAUUAUACUACCGGAAGAGGAAAAAAUUAUUAUUGAAGAACAAAGAAAUGGACAAAUAGAGAUUGAAGAAAAGUAAGAGAUUAACUUCCAAUUGUUUUUAUCUCUACAUAUGCAUUAUCUCAAAAAAAAGAUAAAUCUAACAAUUUUCUUACUUUCUUUUUCCCCCUUCCCUUAACCUAUUCAGAUCACUCAUCGACACCAUCUACUCGUUAAAAGACGACGUGACUCUAUUAAAGAAGCAAGUAAGUGACCUGCAAAGACGAUCAGACAGUCAAAGUCCAUCAAAGAGAACUCAGUUUAUUUAAAUUCUCUCUUCCCCUUUUUUUUCAUUGUGCUUUUCAAUAAUCUUAUGGAUUAUUUUUUAAGUAUUAAAUUUGCUUUAUUUAAUGAAUACCAUGCAGCUGGUUGUGUAUGUUUUCAAAAUAUUUAUUAUGCUUGCGAAAAAAGACAUCUGCAGUUGUUUACAAUACAAAAUCCCUUUAAAAUUUAAGGCGGCAGUGAUUGAUAGACAUAUAUACCUGGGAAAGACCUUCUUAUCGAGCUAAUAAGAGGAAUAAGUGAAUAAGAACCAUAAAAAAUUGUAUACCAGACAAUAGUAAUUCAUAGGCGUGAAGAGAAGAGCAGUCUUUUCAUAACACGCCAAGAAAAUGAUUGAUUGCUUGCCACAGUUCAGAGUUCAAUGCAAAAAUCUUUAGUAUGCGGGCAAUUGGCCCUCUUAUAGGAUUAUUAAAUUACAUCAGUUCAGUUUAAAGAAGAAAGCCUUAACCCAAUAAAUUAAAUUCUAUAUUAUAAUCAACUUAGUACUUUAUUA